CCGGAAGUAGUCUCGUAUUUCCGGCUGCCGGCAGCUUUCUGUGGCUCGGUUAGCUUCUUCUUUCUGCCUGUUUUUAGCCUUUUUUAGUUAAAAAUGGGGGAGGCAGAUGUGACCCUAAAUCAGACUGACGAGAAGCCACCGGACUCGGGCCUGGUCACCGGGGACGACUCGGUGGUGUGGAGCCACGAGGUGGAGGUCUGUCUGUUUCACGCGAUGAUCGGACACAAACCUGUCGGAGUGAACCGUCACUUCCACAUGAUCUGCAUCAGAGAUAAGUUCAGUCAGAACAUCGGGAGGCAGGUCUCCUCCUCCGUCAUCUGGGAUCAUCUGGGAACCAUGUACGACAUGCAGGCUCUGAUGCAGCACGAGUCGGAGAUUUUGCCGUUUCCAAACACAGAGAAGAGCUUCUCUUUGCCUGAUGACAUCAUCCAGGAAGUGAAAGAAGGGAAGCUGGGCUCGGAAGAGGAGACCAAAGAAGAGUUCAGGAUGGAGAGGGAACCUCCAGCUACACAUGAAGAAGGCAGUAACUCAUCGGUGAAGAUGUCGGAGCGAACGAGCAGCAGUCGGGAAAAAGAGCGAGAGCGGGAAAAGGAGAAGGGAGGGAGUGAAGGAGGAGCAGCGGCGGCAGGAGGAGGAGGAGGCGGCGGAGGAGGAGGGAAAGAGGCGGAGAAAAGGAAGAGGAGUCGAGCUGCGGAGAAACUUCUGUCGUCUUCCAACCCUGCGAGCCCGGGGGGAGCCAAGAGGAGACGCACCUGAGAGGUGGACAAAAAGAGACAAAGUGUGUGGUGGAAAUGGGGAGGAAACUGCAGUUAAAAAAGAAGUGAAGAAGAAUCUAACGUCAGGAAAAUGGACCCUGUGAGCUGUGUUUGCCCGCCGCACUGCAAACAGGGAAACUGGAGGAAGUGGAGGAGGCGCUUCCUGUGUUCCACACGAUGCUGCCCAAUAUCCCACCGCAACAAAGCGUGUCGUUCAAUUUUUAUUUUAUCUUUUUAUUCAUUUGUUCAGGGUGUGUUUGAUUUAAUCUGGGUCAUUUUUACAGUGUUCUUACAGCCGCUUUAAAAAAAACAUUCAUAAUUGCACUUCUUUAACACUGUCAGAAUCAUGAGGUAUCGUCGUCGUUUCUGUCAAAAAACGGCCGCCUACAUUACCCACAAUGCAACUCAACAGCCAACAAUUUGCCUAGAGGUUUGAGGUGUGUUAUGCUAGUGGCGGCUAAGGCAGAGAUCUGGUAAUCUCACCUCUUUCCAGAUUUUUUUACUUUUUAAACUCGUAGUCUUUGUCCUCUGACGCUGACCCACUUGAGGACAUUUAUUAGAUACUCCUUCUGGAAAAAACGUUAUACUUCUUUCAAAACAUCUGCAGUCGAGCUUCACAACCUCUGGAAACUAACUGAGCUGGAUAGAGCAUGGAUGUUCUCUUUCGUGCAAGAAAACAUGAAUUCCAUAAUCUCCUUUAGAGUUUAAUAUCUCUACAGUAAUAUAAAAUACUACAAUGUGGAAUCGGAGUUCAAUAUUCUUUGUUUUUAAAAGUCAACAGGAUCUAUCAGUUCUAUCUCAAGGUAACACACGUCAUUUUAAGAAAGGUUGGUGCAUAAUUGUUUUUCCUGAUUGCUAUGAUUAUUUUAUUCAACAUGAUUUGGAGUGGGAGAGACCAGAGGAAGACUCGGCUCGCCUGAAGUCAGCUAAGUCCCACGUGUCACGGUUUUUGAGGUUUUUAUCGUCUGACUUAAAUAUAAUGCAAUAAAUCUCAGCGGUCAUAUUUUCUUUAUUCUCCAAUUAUGGAUAUUAUAACAUUUUGUAAGUUUAUUGAGUAUUUUGUUUUGUCUUAUUUUCUGAUGCUGACAGUGACUGCAUAGGGGUCAAUGUCACAUUAUGCUAUUGCUAAAUAUAUAUAUAUAUAAACUAUAUAUAUUUAGCUUUUCAGUCUCAACUAACAGGGAAAUUACACGCUGUUCCCUUUCGUUUUUCAGCAACAUGUUAAUUUAUUGAUGUUUGAGGCUGUUGUGUCAUUAAAGAUGAUCAGUAACGUC